AUGUCUUCUGAAGGUUCCUCUUCCAAUAAUAAUUUUGAUGAUUAUGAUGAUUCAACUGAUUCUUCAGAAGAAGAAUUUAUUCGUCAACAAGCUGAAAAAGCUAAAGUUCAUUUACCAAGAAAAAGUAGUACAAUUCUUAUUGAAAAAGGAAAAACAGCACAACUCUUAGCAGAUAAUAACAUUGACCAUACUGAAUAUGACAGUGAUGAUGAAGACCUUAAUUGUUCAGAUCUCUCUGUUUAUGAAACUUCUACUCAAUGUACUUCAGCUGUUGCUCAUACUUCUGGAAGAAGAAAUUAUAAUGAAGAUCGUAUUUGUGUUGCCACAAAUAUUGAAGGUGCUGAUCUUUUUGCAGUUUUUGAUGGUCAUAAUGGUCAUGAAGCAGCUACAUUAUGUAGAAAUAAAUUAAAACAAGUAUAUGGUUCAUGUCAUGGAAAUAUUAAUGAUACAUUCCAAUCAUUAAAUGAUAUUGUUUCAAAAGAAACAACUGCAGGUUGUACUGCUACUAUUGUUGCUGUUAAACAAAAUAGUAUUGAAGUUGGUAAUUGUGGUGAUUCUCCUGCUUAUGUAAUAAGAAAAGAUAAAAGUAUUGAAAAAAUUACUUAUGACCAUAAAGCUACUGACCCAAAAGAAGAAGAGAUGAUUGUUAAAAAUGGUGGUGUGGUAAUGAAUUUGUUUGGUACUAAACGUGUUAAUGGACAAAUUAUGGUAACUAGAAGUAUUGGUGAUAGAUCACUUCAUCCUCCUAUGACAUCUAUUCCAACUACCAAAAUAAUAUCAAAAGAAGAUAUUAUUUCCAUUUGUGUAAUGAGUGAUGGUGUAACUGAUGCAUUAACUGAUCUUGAAAUUCAUGACAUAAUGACUAAUGGUCAACCAAUUGAAAUUCGUGCCCAAACAAUUAGGAAUCAAGCAUACAAAGAGGGAAGCAAAGAUAAUAUUUGUGUUGUAGUUGUGGAUCUUUAG